CUAGUUUCUAAAAAUAGAAAGCAUUCUUUUGUGUAUGUACCGUCGCCUGUCAAAAAUGUCAAGCACGGCAAAAUGAGGUUAUAUCUUAUCCUAAUGAUAAUUAUCUGCUUCACAUGGAAUCGGGGCAAAUGUUCGUCGCACGCUGGCGCAAACAAGAGCGCCGAUCAACAAUUGGAGUACAAACCCGAGGGCCCACUUGUGCUGUGCAAAUUUUUGCCUAAAGAAUUUAUAGAGUGCGAAGAGCCAAUUGAUCACAAGGGAAAUAAGACUGCCAAGGAGGAGACGGGUUUCGGUUGCGUCAAGUUUGGAGGCUCCCGCUACGAAGAUGUGGAGAAAACCAAGGUGUCCUGCACAGUAUUGCCAGACAUUGAGUGUUUUGGACCAAGGUCAUUCUUUCGCGAAGGAGUGCCGUGUAUAAAAUACAGCGACCAUUACUUCGCGACGACUCUCUUGUACAGCAUCUUACUGGGUUUCCUUGGCAUGGAUCGCUUCUGUCUCGGGCAAACUGGGACGGCAGUUGGCAAGCUACUGACGCUGGGUGGUAUGGGCGUGUGGUGGAUAGUCGACGUGAUCCUCCUAGUAACCAAUUCCCUGCAACCUGAGGAUGGCAGCAAUUGGAAUCCAUAUGUAUAGCACCUCAACUUCCGGAAAAGAAAUGAUAAUUUUUUGUAUAUAUAACUCAUAGUUUAUAAUUAAGUUGUAAAUUAUUCUAAUGUGGUAAUGAAUCUGUGUGUGUCAAUGUUGCGAAUUCUCUUUAACGUUGUUAAGAAUGAGUCAACUUGUAUUUAUUUAAAAAGUGUACUAUACAGAAAUAAUACAAACAAUUUACACA